AUGACAGCACGUCCAACCUUUGACGACAUGGGUAAAAGCCAUGGAAAAUACGACAUGGAGCGUAUUGGUUUGUUUUCGGAGAUGCCAUAUAUGAUUGGCGAUAAGUAUCCUAAUAAAAAAGAUAAUAUACGGGAUUUGAAAAAGUCUCAAAUGUAUCCAAGUACUUUAAAAACUAAAACAGGUCUUCAAGACGCUUAUUUUGAACCACAAUUUAAAAGGUUAUAUGAAAAUGAAAAAUGGAAACCACCACCCACAGGACUGUUUGAUAAGAAUGAAAAUAAGAAAAAACAAGUUAGUACGCACCCAUUUAUACCUACAGGUCCUGCAAAACACCAUUCAACUGCCGGUGAUCAUUUUGGAACAUUUGGUCCUAAACUUUCAGCAAUGUCUAAUGUCAAAAAACCUUCACCUAAGAAAGAAAAGCUCCAACCAUACAUCUUUACUAAACCAACUAAUACACGAGGACCUGGAUAUACAGAUAUUGGUUUCAGUCCGUUCCCUGAAUACAAGUCAAGUCCAUAUAAUGACGUGAAAAAACAUAAUAUAAAAGAUAGAUUAAACAAGACUUCACCAUUUUUAACUGGUGGUUCCUAUGAGUUCUUUGAAAAAAAUCCUUAUUUUAGUAAUGAUCAAAAGUCGACGUACAAUACUAUCACAAAACCCAAAUUUAAAGGAACACCAUUUGUUCCACCUUCAACAAUAAAUCAUAUUGGAAAUGGUUUUGAAAAGUGGCCCAGUCAUUCCGAUGACCGCUACAUUGAUCCAUUUAGAAUUGGAUAUAAGAAUAAAAAAGACAAAAAAGAUGAUAAAUCAAUUAUUACAUUCUAUCCACAAACUAGAAACAAAUCGUUAUAUACUACAUCAACGAUUCAACGGAAAUUAAAAAUUGCAAUGAACAAUCACAACUGGCGUACAUUUGAUACCAUUACAUACCCCGCAGAAACAAUUGUAAAACAAUGAGCUAUUUACGAACAAUAAAAUAAUUAUUUUUAAUUUUAAGCUAUAAACCUUUUAAUAGGUAAAUGUCCAACUAAUAAAUAAUUUAUUACAUUUUACAAUCAUUGAAAUUAUUACAUUUAUUACAAUUAUUGUAAAAUGUAUUGUUAAAAAAUAUCAUCUAUACAAUAGUAAAUAAGCUGCGCGAUCUAGUGAAGUAAUAAUUAGAUUACUUAAUUUUAAAACUCCACUAGAUUUCUCCCUUUGCUAAAUUUUGUAAAUUAAAACUUUAAUGUUAUAAACAUACAAUAUGAAAAGUAUAAAAAUUGUUUAGACAAUACUUUUUUGUUGAGUGAUAUUUAUUAAUAUUUGAAUGAUUUUUAAAACCAAAUAAAUAAUUGUUGUGUCUAUAGCUGCUUGCUAAAAUGAGGCCAAUCAACUUGAUAACACUGAAAAUAUUGAAUAAAUGGAUAAAUAAAAUCUUAGUAUUUGGCUAACCUGGUGUGUCAUUCAAUAUUUUAUUUGAAACUCAUAUAAAGUAAAUUAGUAAAAAUAAAUGUAUUUAAAAUAAUGUGAAGUUCUUACACGAAUCUAGUAGGUUUAAAAUUAUAUAUGCCAGUUCCUACAUGAUGAGAAAAAUGAGAUGUAUAUACGUUUCUACUCUGUGACAAAUAUUUGUGUUUCAUUUCAAAAUCCAUAAAACAUAAUAAUAUUUUAGUAUUAACGACUUAGCUACGACUUUUAACGAUAAUGCUGACAUCUAAAUUGUAUGAGUCUAUAAGUUCUACCCUACUUUAUAGGAUGUUAUAAUUAUUUAAGGUAAUUUCAUUAUUUAUAAAAUAGUUACAUCUACAGACAUCUCAAGAAACUUUUAACUGUAUUUUUUUCAAUUUAUUAUUUACUUUUUUUGUUUGCGAAUAAAAAAUCGGACCAAUGCAGAAGAACGACUCCCUCCGUCUUAGAUUCUUUGCAGAGCGAUGAAUGAAUUCAUAUAUCGGACAUCAGUAAGUUCUACAGUGAUGUGUUUUUUUUUUUUGUUUUUUUAAGACACUUUUAACAGUGGAAAAAUGGUUCAAACAUGAGGGCGUGGUUUCUGUUAACAAAUUGGAUCUAGAUAGAACUUUUGGGUGUUGAAUAAAAAAAUUCCCCGAACAUAUUUUUCAAAAAAUUAUCAUAAAUUAACUAAAUCAAAAUUACGGAAAAAUGGAAAUAUUUACGAAACACAAAGUUUUGACAACAUCUAUAAUAAUUAUAAAUACGAAUAACCGUAGAUACUUUAAAUGUACUUAAAUAUUUUGAUUAUUACUGAACAUGGUAUCACUAUCAAAAUAUUUUAGAUUAAAUAUUCAUUUAAAAUUUUAUAUUUUGAGUGGGGAGACGAAUGUAUUGAUUUUACAAUGAUGCAUCUUUUUAAUUUUAUGUUUGACUCUGAAAACACUUUUUAUAAUAAUAAAAAUCCUUUGAUCAUCAACAUUGAGCGUGGUUUUUUAUAGGAAAAAUAUGUUUUUAACAAAAAUUAGUUUAAUCAAUAGUAUAACUACCAUUUACUACUAUUUACCAAUAGAACAAUAUAUUACGAAUAUACAA